AACUCCUUAGUCCUUAGUUACCAAAUAUUAGAUUUAGAGGCAGCUAUCAAAGAUGAGUAGAAAGAGGGAAAAACCCUACAACUCCCGCCACGUCCCAUACUCCUACCCAAAACGGCGCCGUCCUCUUCCACCACCGGCAGCAGAAGAACCACCGCAGCAAAAACCAGCACCACCACCCGCAGUAGUAGUGAUUGGGCUUCCAGAAGACUGUUCUGUAUUGGACCUCAAGUCCAGAUUCGAAAUCUAUGGGCCCAUUUCUCGGAUCCGUAUAGAACAACAAGGUGUGGGCUUUAUCUCUUUCCGCUCCAAAUCCGCCGCUGACUCAGCUCUCACCGCCUCCCUUGACCCCUCUUUCGGCAUCUCCAUUCAUUCCCAUCGCGUUCAAGUGAUGUGGGCGAGUGAGAUGAAGGGAGAAGCAGCGGUUGGGGAUGAAGGAAGAAGAAACAAUUCUAAUUCUAAUUCGAAUUCGUAUUCAUAUUCAUAUUCGUCGAAGCUCUUGAAGGGGGAGACACCUUUGAGUAGACUUGGAAGGGGGAAUAAGUUGAGUUCAGCCAUUGUAAACCCCAAUGCCAGUACUAGUAGUAAUACUAGCUCUCUGUUGGAUCCCCCGUUUAAGGGUAGAGAAAUCGUCGCUUAUGAUGAUAUUUUCUAAUUAUUCAUGUACUAUAUAUUGUUUGCAAAUUUGUUGAGUUUGUUCUAUCUCAUUUUCUCAUUCUUGUGCAAGGUUAUAAAUUUGUAGGUGUUUUGCUAUUGUUUUAGUUUCUCUAUUGUUAUGAUCAUCUUAAAGGGGAAGUUAAGUUGAUUGGCUUCUAAUUAGGUUCCUAGAAGGAUUUUUUUAUGUGCAAUGUUAUGUAAUUGCUUCAGAUUUGUGCAGCCAGUUUGUGGUCAUAAGAAACAUACCUUUUGAUGAUUCUGUAAUUUAGUGUUUCUUUGUUUGCA